AUGCCCAUGAUACGUGUCAAUGCUCUGCGGAGCCUCAGAUUCACCGGCGCACGAGCAACAGCACGAGCCUCGGCUGGGCGGACACAGGUCGUUGCGAAGCGCUUCUCGAGCAGCGGCGGCAGCCAUGGAGGACAUGGUGAGCCCAGCUCGGAUCUGCCUUGGCUCCUCUCGGCACUCGCCAUAACGCCCCCAUCCGUCUGGUACCUCUGGCCCGACAAGUCGCACGCUGAGCACGGCGAUCACGGUCACCACGAAGAGCACGAAGAGCACGGCGAAGAGGAGGAGAAGCCAAGCGAAGAGGAUCAGUCAUCCGAGGAUGAGGCAGAGCAAGUAGACUCCGCACCAGCCGAGCAGGCCGAUAAGCCAGAGAAGACCGAGGAAAAGGCAGGGCAGUCUUCUGAGAAGCCCGAAGAGAAAUCUGAGGGUGGUGAGGAGAAGUCUGAGGGUGGAGAUGACAAGCAGGAGGGUAGCGAGGACUCCGGCAAGUCCAGCGAGGGCGACUCGCAAGAGAAGCCCAAAAGUGGUGAGGUAGAGGGCGUGAACUUCAAGGGCAAGAUGAAGCCAGACAGCGAUGGCCACAAGGACACUCGCAAGACCGAGCCAAACCCAGAAUCUCGAGGCACUCAGAAGAGGCGCAUUGACUCUGGUCUUGGAAAGAAUCUGGGCGAGGGUGAUUCAUCAUCUGACCAGUCGACCGCUAAGCCAGAAAGCUCAGACGUCGGUGACAUCACCAACAAGCAGAAGGGCUUCUCGACCAUUGAUACUAGACACUCUAUCCAAAUCGACCAGAGGGAUGACAAGUCAAAGAAGGGAACUGGCGAGCCAGAGACUGCCAAGGCCAAGGGAACUGUUGACCCCAAUGCCCCAGUCCGUGGUGGUCCAGGUCAGAACUCGAAAUAA